AUGCGAGAUUUUUCCCCUGUACCAGCAUCUGAACCCACCGUGAAUGGUUUUAACCCACGUCAUAAAAUUUCAAAUUGGGUAUCUCCAAAUGAUUUUUACUGUAAAAGUUUUUCUGUUGCUUAUGUAGCAAAAUUAAAGCUCAAUAGAACUCAAAUUCAAGCUUUUGAAGGCGCUUCGUCGAUGAUCGUCUGGUUGGAAUUAAAAAAAGCUGAUAAAGCGGCUUGA